AUGCUUCAAAGCAAGGAGUGUGAAGCUAGCAAGACUGGCUUAUUGGAGAACCCUUUACCGGUAUGCGCGCAAUACAAAUACUACGGGCAAUCAAAUGGAGUUGUGAACCGUCUUUGGGGAACUUCGCUUCAUGUCUGCCGUCGGCUGCCUGAGGAGGCCCUCAGAGAAGCUAUGGUGCGACAUGAGCAUUAUUUGGCACUUAGGUUGAAUCUGCAGCCUGGCCACGAAGUUCUCGACUUAGGCUGCGGAAUAGGUGGUCCUACUCGAGAAAUUGCCAGAUUUUCGGAAGCCAAUAUCUGCGGGAUCAAUAUCAGUCCAUCUCAGAUCAAUGCAGCGGAGGAGCUCACUAAGAGAGCCGACUUAUCUCACAAGGUACGAUACGUUGUGGGAGACUUCACUUAUAUGAACCUAGAAGAUGCAUCGUUUGACCGUGCAUAUUCAAUUGAGGCCACCUGCUAUGCACCUAAUCUUUCGGAUGCCUAUUCAGAGGCAUUCCGCGUUCUAAGGCCUGGAGGUAUCUUUGCGGUCUAUGAGGUUGUAUUGACGGAGAACUAUGACCCAGAGAACCCAGAACAUAUCAACUACCGAAAACGAAUGGAGUGUGUAGCAGGUCAUCCCCACCUGGUCACGGCUUCAACAGCCAUGGCGGCCAUGCAGGAAGUUGGCUUUGUACUUCAAGCCGCUGAAGACCUGGCAAAUACACCUGGUUACUUGCCGUGGUACUCAGCAAUCGAUGGAUCCUUCAAAUGGGCAGGCGGGGUUCUGGAUACAGUCUCCAGUACUUUCUUAACAUUGUUCCUUCGUUCAUUCUCCUCUAAGGGAAUCUUAUAUCAGCUUGUAAGGUGCGCGGAAAAACUGGGCAUUUUGCACCCUGGAACCCAUAGUCUAGGUACUGAAAUGGUGAGAGCAGUAGAGGCAUACCGUAUCGCUGGUGAGAAGGGAUUGGUGACACCGAUGUUCCUCAUGGUGGGCAGAAAGCCUAGGGUCUAG